GUGUGUGCCAGCUGGGUUGCUGAGUGCGUCUGGCGGCCGCGUUGUCGGUGUGUCGAAGGCGAUCUCUCGAGCACGAACGGCCCAGCACCAGGAAAGCCUCGACGGCCAGCGCAGUUAUUGUGGCAGCUUCCUGCCAAGCGGUUCGCGGUUCGCUCUAGCAUUGGAAAAUUCUAAUAAUCGCGUAAUACUAAAUACUUAGCCCAUAUUCAUACCCGUGUGUUUGUUUGUGCAUCUGUGUAUGUGUUGUAAUUAUUCAUUCCUCUAGCGUUGUGUUUAAAAUUAAUUAACUUGAUUCGCGUAUCUCGAAACUUCAAAGGCUACAUUGACUGCAUAAUUCUGAAGAAGUGAAUCUUCUAAAAUUAAUUUAAGUUGAAAUGCUUGAAGAAAACACUUGAAAAUUGUAGAGAACCUCUUACGUCAUUCACCACAAUAUCGGCUAGUGUCCUAAGCUCUUGCGCCAUUUUUUAGUUAGCACUUAUGUGGAUAGAAAUAGUAAAAAAUAUAAAAAUAUGUCUGUAUAUUAGUUUAAUUUUUGCAACUUUUGUUUAUUAUUAAUUUAAUUUUAAAUAAACAUAUGCGUUCUGAAUGAUUUGAAAUAGUACUUUUUUCACCGGUGUUCUCAGAAAAGAGAAUGUUUGUAAUCAAAAGAAAACUCAUAAAAGCACAAAUGGCAAUCAAUAUUUUAUCAAAAAUUCCGAAAAAAGUCCCGUUAUUGCGAAUGUGUGCAAAUAAACACUGAGUUCAUGGAGGUUCGAGGUCACAAGCGACUCAAAUUAGAUUGUAGUUUGGCCUCACCUGUCAAAAAUUCACUAUUUGGACCUAUAAAAAUCUAAUUAUUUUGUAUAGUACCAAAAUAUCUGCAAUUUAAACGGCACAUUGCACAACUAUAAAAGCGAAAGUGACUCACAGCGCCAGAGGAACAGUAAAGGCACACAUUUGGCACACGUGAAUGCCGUAAAAUAAUGGACAUAAUAAAUGUUCAUAUCUUCCGGCAAGUAUAAUUUAAAGCCUUCGAAAAAAGAACAAAGAAUUUUAUUAAUCGCACAACAUAUGAUUGUGUGUGUGAUUGUGACUGCGUAAGGAUUCCAUGAUCGAGAGAAAGUAAUCUUUUGUUGAAAAAAAAAACCAUAAGAAACGAAAUAAAACAAAAACAAGCAAGUAAUAUAUCGGAAAUAUUUAGUAAACUUUCUAAGCAAAAUACACACAUCUUCGGAAAAUGACGAAAGUCAACGUCGCAGUCGAACGUGAGAGCUCUGUCGCGCGUUUCCCGAGGUGAUGCUAAAAAUAAACCCAUUUGUACUAGGACAAACAAUCCAGAAUAAAAUAAAUUUAAAAGUGUGCAAAUACCCCAAUAAAAGUGUCAAAAAGAAGCAAUAUAUAUAAUUUACAAACGAUAUUCAUAGUUUAAUAUACGAAAAUUGCAUAUCGGUUUGUGUGGUGAAAUAAUUCGAAUAAAGUCCGUUCAUUCGACACUACGCCAUGCCACUCUAUACAGAUCAAAGCUAUUAUUAUAGCAGCGGUAGCAGUCAACUCUAUGCCCCUUACUACACCCCGGGCCUAUAUGGCACUAGCUCUUCGAGCAGUUCCUACGCCCCGUACUCCUCCACUUACAAUCGCACGUUUGGUGGUAGCUAUACACUGCCUUUGACGCCGCCGCGGUCUCCGACUUACACCUCAACACACAGCUUGGCAUCCCGGUAUCAACCAAAGUUGUCAACCAUCACCGAAACUUCUCCCCUCAUUAGUUCCAGACACGGAGGCAUUUUACCGUUAACACGAAUACAAUCGCCGAAAAUAUUUCCCUACGCAGCCACCUCGGCAACUACUACAAAAUAUGUACCACCCCGCCCGAUACCUAUCAAUACGGCAGAUAUCGAUGUAUCUUCAAAGCGAUAUCCGCAUCACAGGGAUGUUCUUGAGAAAGAAAAACAUGAUAAACAGGAUAAUGAAAUUAAGCGUAAUAGCAAAGAAAAUAAUAAGAAAGAAAAAAGCGAAAGAAAUAAGGAAGAGGGGAAAAAUCAAGAGAAAAAGGGAAGGUCAUCCACUAUUAAAAGAGACCGACCUGUAGUUCGUUUAUCCACAAUUCGCUCACGUAGUAAAGACCGAAACCGUAAUACAAAGUCCACAACUUCGAGUACAGACGAUUCCCCUGAACCGAAAUCCAAAAUAUUCAAAGAUCUUCCCACAAUAGAGCCAUUGCACCCAACCGAAACGCAUAUUAGUUGGCGUCAGAAGUUGGCUGAAGAAUUGGCAACAGAGCCUACGAACAGUUCCAAAAAAUCACCAGGUGAUUUAAUUCGUGAACGUUAUCUUAUACAGGAAGCCUCAUCCGAUAAUCUCAAUAAAUCUCAGAGCCAGCACUCUCCAUUAAAGGAUGACAAUGAAACAAAAGACAACCUUGCUGGUGAAGUAAUAAUUGAAAUGGAUUUGGAUUCUACUAACAACAGCAUCCGCCGUUUAAGUAUACCCCAGUGUCCCACGUUUCAUGAUAUAUGUGAGGAUAUUUCGUCGGACAAAAUUGACGAUGACCUCAACGCAGGUGAACUAAGGCGUCGCGCUUCACUUAUUCAAGAACAAGAACAAGAAAUUCUCAAUAAAUUACAAAAGUCUGCGUCUGGCACUUUCCAGCUUAUUCAUCUUGAAAGACGUGAUAGUCACGACAGUGCGGCCGAGGAAGGACAUCGCCAAUCAACAAAGAAACGUACAUCGAAAAAAGGAAAAAAGAUCAGGCACAAGAUUACAGCUGUCGUUGAAGUGGAAAAUUCUCCUAUUCUUCCGGUACUUCAAGAGAAAGAUGAAUUGUCUACUACGACACCUGGAAAGGACUCAUCAAUAAAACCUAAGUUCACCUUCAAUGUUGAAUCGGUUGAAGAACAUCACGAAAUUCACAAAGUCUUUAAAUUGCCAAAGAGAAAAAGUGUAAAAAAUAUCAUGAAAUCGAGAGAAGUCACUUUGCCUGAAGGAUUUAUGCAGGCGAGUCCAAAAGCGAAAAUACAGCCCAAAGCAAAAUCACCGACGAAAACGGGUACAUUUAUCAGUACGGCAGAAAUUUUCACAUUUGAGCCCUCGAGUGUAGACUCAUAUUGGGCAAAUAAAGAUCGUGAUAACUUAGAAGCAAUUGUAAGUCCGAAGUUUCAAAAUGAUGUUUCUAAAGACGAAUCGAGUUCCACCACCCAAUCUCCUGAAUCACCUAAAUUGACCAUUUCAGAAACAACGGCUUCGUUGCAUUCCACAUCAGACAAUCAGAGCACAAAUUUAAAAGAGCUUGUGCUUCCAAUCAAAAUAAAGAUCGAAACUACAAGACCUUCAAAAAUUGAACUACCAAAGGUUUUGCCAACAACAGUAAAGGAAACCAAGCAAAACCCUAUUGAAAAGUCAGACAGCGGAAUAGAUUUUUGGUCCGAAAUUGGAAACCGUGAAUCAGUGUACAUGACAAACCGAAAGAAGGGGCAACUUGAGAGCCAAUGGCAAAAAUGCGAAGAACUUUUGGAAUCCCAAGCUGUGGAAGACGUAAGCAAUAUAAAAGAAAUCAAAUCUGCCGUAACAGCACAGAAAAAUGAAGCUUUAAAGAAAGCAGACCAAGAUAUGGCAAAGGCAAAUGACAAAGGCGUGGUAGGAAGAUCUCAAUCUACAGAAUCUACAAUGUCUGAUAAGGUGACUAAAGGCCAAAAUAACUUGAAUUUGUUAGGAAAAACGGAACAACAAGCGAUUACUAAAAAUUCAACGGCAAAUGCACACAAAUCUUUAAUCGAACAAAAAUGUAAAACCGAAAAUUUAGCAACAACACCAACAACAAGCUCUUUGACAGCCGCGACGACUGCAACAAGCGCCGCGACCAAAAUAAAUUCUGGGCAAGCCGCCAAGUCACCUGCACAACAACCGAACAAAUUUACGACACUAGUGAAGAACGACAACGAAAGCAACAUCAAAAUAGAUAAAGCGAAAUUAUUCAUUAGCCAAACCGACACAAAAACUACGAAAACACAAACACAACUAUCAACCACACCAAAAUCAAUCACAACAUCGGCUAAUAGAAAUUUGAAGGAGGCUAAACUAUUGCCAGAAGUUAAUGAACCACAAGCAAACGGCGCAAUAACUGAAGCAAGAACAACGUCAUCAAUAGGCGAAAGUUGUAGGCCGGAAAUAAAAGUGGUGGGACAAAAUGAAGCAUUGUCAGCUAUCACGACUACAGUACCACUUGAAUCAACUGAGUCCACAUCCUCUACCGUUAGUGGUACGAAGCCAAAAACUACCCCUAAAGCAAUAGCAGCAAAAGAAAAAAGUAUCGCAACAACUGUUGCCAAAUCAAAAGCGUCCCCACGAAGUGAGCCGGCGACACCCAUCAAUGCCGAUCAAUUCAUUUCGAUAGCACCCCCAAAGACUACGACGUCACCAACAAAAACCAAAACGACGUCACCACAAAACAUAAAAACAAAGGCAAAGGCAACAAUAACGAUCAACAAAGAUGUGAACGAAAAAGUGGCCAAAACAAAAAUAUCGCCAAAAACAACAACCGUGACAGCGACAGUAGCAACAUCGCCCAUAACAAUAGCAUCCACACCCGAAGUAGCGACAACAGCUGCCGUCGCAAUUACUGCAACUACAUCGUCGACGACAAAGCUACCAGUUAGCUCGUCUACGAAGUCAUCCACAUCCCCAGAGACCUCAACAGCUGCAAUCGUCUCGCCAAUAGUGGUCGCUACAGAAUCGGUAGCGUGCCGCAAAAGUCACGAAGACGCUGACGACGACAAGAAGAAUCCCCAACAAAAGGCACACGCGCCAAAUAAUUUAUCAAAAUUCGCAACAGUACAGAAUUUGGCGCAGUGUUUACAAGACGUCGACGCCGAUCUAGAAGACUACAUACCGUCAUCUGCGGAAAAUAGCGAUGACGAGGACAGUUCAUACAAUUAUUCCAGUGCGGACGGUUGUGAUUAUCAAAAUUUGAGUGCAAGCAUGAAGAAAAAACUGCGACAACGGCGCAAAAAAGAGAAACAGGCCGAACAAGCUCGUUUUGAUCCACAAAAGAAAAUUAAAAUCGAUCCCUCCAACAAGUGUUACGUGAAAGAAGAGGCACCUCGUUACCCGCUUGUCGCGACACCGCGUCCACUAUGGAAACGUGAAAAACCAGUGUAUCCUGACGAGAAUUCCGAUGAUGAGAGUGGUGACAGUGAGGAGAGCGGGUCGGGUAGUGAGGAAACCGAAGACAGUGAAGAGUGCACUACGUCCGAGGAGUACGAGGACGACUUGAGCACCAAUACCAGUGGAGCGCUCACAGGCAGCAGCAAUUUGUCUAAGGAGAAUUCCGCUAUUAUACGCUUAAGUACCUGCAGCAAUGAUUCGGGUUUUGAAGGCGGCACAGCGCCAUCUAGUCCCAAGAAAAUGCUUGAAUGUGAUGUUAACUGCCACAAGAAAUGCGAGCACUUAAUGGCCAACUUAUGCGGCGUCAACCAGAAACUCAUCGUCGAGGCUUUGGCAUGCGUGAAGCGAGGCGCACGGGAAGCCCGAGAAUCGUCGAGUACUCCACCGAGCUCAAAUCCAGCAUAUACGAUCGAAACCAACGAGGAACAAGAUGAAACGUCGUACACCUAUUCCCAAUUUCAAAAGUUGGGGCGUUUCACAGCGCCAGCUACCGUUAUACCACGGUUCAAAAACUACUCCGUAGAUGAUUUCCACUUCCUAGCUGUGUUGGGCAAAGGCAGUUUCGGCAAGGUGCUGCUGGCUGAGCUGCGCGACACCACUUACUACUACGCCGUCAAGUGUUUGAAGAAAGAUGUCGUUCUCGAGGAUGACGAUGUCGAUUCAACCUUAAUCGAACGCAAAGUGUUGGCAUUGGGCACCAAACAUCCGUAUCUGUGUCACCUGUUUUGCACAUUUCAAACGGAGAGCCAUUUGUUCUUUGUAAUGGAGUACCUUAAUGGUGGCGAUCUAAUGUUCCACAUACAGGAGAGUGGUCGGUUUCCGGAAGAACGUGCACGAUUUUACGGAGCCGAAAUCAUAUCUGGCUUGAAGUUCCUGCACAAAAAAGGAAUAAUUUAUAGAGAUCUGAAGUUGGACAACGUGUUGUUAGACUUUGAAGGUCACGUUCGCAUUGCCGACUUCGGCAUGUGUAAAUUGCAGAUCUACCUCGACAAGACCGCCGACAGCUUCUGCGGUACACCUGAUUAUAUGGCGCCCGAAAUCAUAAAGGGCGAAAAGUACAAUCAAAACGUGGAUUGGUGGUCCUUUGGUGUCUUGCUCUACGAAAUGUUGAUUGGACAAUCGCCGUUCAGUGGCUGCGAUGAGGAUGAAUUAUUCUGGUCGAUUUGCAAUGAGAUUCCUUGGUUUCCUGUUUACAUAUCUGCAGAAGCUACGGGUAUUUUGAAAGGCCUACUUGAAAAGGAUUACACAAAGCGCAUUGGAUCUCAAUAUAGUCCCGCUGGCGACAUAAGCGAGCACUUAUUCUUCAGACCCAUCGAUUGGGAUCUACUAGAGAAACGGCUAUUACCGCCACCUUACAAACCACUUGUGAAACAUCCAUUGGAUACUCAAUACUUUGAUCGCGUUUUCACAAAAGAGCGUGUGCGCUUGACUCCCAUCGAAAAGGAUAUUCUGCAUUCAAUGGAUCAGAAGCCGUUCUUGGGUUUCACAUAUACCAAUCCACAUAUAACUCUAGAUUAGGAUAAAACGCGCACACACUAUUUGUAUGUUCGCAUAUAGUCAAGCAGCAAUAUAAUUUAUUGAAAUAAUGAUAUAAGAACAGAAACCCAAUUUUCGAACUUCGAAAAUCAUAUACAGAUGUACGAGUCUAUAUGGGAUUGCGAAAAUAGUAGAUUACAACCCAAGUUAGUUUCACACCAGUAUUUAAAAAUAAAAAAUUUAGACUAAGCGAGGUUAUUAGAUGUAAUAUAUUUUAGUAUAAGAAAUUUAAAUAAAAUUAAAUAAGUACAGCUGUACAAAGUUUACUACUCACCGUGCCCAGCCUAAUAAUUAAAACCAUUGUUUUUGUGAGGCGGAUCGCAAUGUCUUUUUAAAAGUUAAGUAGUUACGAUACACACUUAUUUCUAGACCUUAUUGUUAUUCUGAUUAGAUUUAGUAUGGAAUGACCGCACAAAUGGGGUUGCGGUUAACGUCCCACAUCCUGCGUUGCGACGAGCUGAAGCUUUAGCUAAUCAAGCUCAUCAUUUCUGCGCAUACAUAUGGACACACAUCUCUUGGUAGAUUUAUUGUAUUUACACACACACAGAUAUACUUAAUUUGUAAGUACUGAACCAAAGAAAAAUAAUAAAAAUUUUAAAAAUUUAAACCUUUCAA